CCGGAUAUUAACCCACCGGAAGGCUCCGGCGGAGGACCCGAGCAGACCCACCGGAGAGGGGGGGAAAACGGAGGAAAAAAGGCCUUUUUGGGGGGUUUCUGGGGGCGGAUUUGGACAAAGUUUCCCCACCGUCCCGUCCGGAGGAGGCACCGGGGGCACCGGGGACUCGACUCUACCGACAUUAUGGACGAUUCCCAUUUCAACUCUGCAUACUUCUGGUCGCCCGUCCCAACUGUGCAAGGACAGAUCGAGAACGCCAUGUUCCUCAACAAGAUGAAGGAGCAGCUGGCCCCGGAGAAGGGGGGUCCGUCCCCCUCCUUCCCCCACGCCUCCUCCCACUACCCCACCAUGGAGGGGGGGCCGGGCGGGGGCAGGGUGGUCCCCAAGCAGGAGGGGGGAGGCGGGGGGGGGCACCACCACCAGCCCUCCCACAAUACCCAGAACCUGGGGGGGGGUCAGGGGACCGUCUCCGGCAUCAUGGCCGCAGAUAAGAAGCAUGACAUCGUCCCCAUCAUGCCGACCCCGGGGAAGCGGGGCAGGAAGAGGAAACAGGUGAUGGGCAGACUGGCGGGCGUGGGCGGAGUCCUCCCAGCAGGAAGUGAUGCGUUGAUCCUGGCUCACCUGGCGGCCGGCGGACAGCACCACACCGCUGACCCCUACGACCUUUCCAACGACGAGGACGACCACGUCAACAAAGAUGGCCCCAAGUCCUACAGGUGCCGGAUGUGUGCGCUGACGUUCUUCAGCAAGUCGGACAUGCAGAUCCACGCCAAGUCGCACACGGAGGCCAAGCCCCACAAGUGCCCCCACUGCUCCAAGUCCUUCGCCAACUCCAGCUACCUGUCCCAGCACAUCCGCAUCCACAGCGGGGCCAAGCCCUACAGCUGCUCCUACUGCCAGAAGGCCUUCAGGCAGCUCAGCCACCUCCAGCAGCACACACGCAACCACACGGAGGUCAAGCCCCACAAGUGCCCCCACUGCUCCAAGUCUUUCUCCAACUCCGGCUACCUGUCCCAGCACAUCCGCAUCCACAGCGGGGCCAAGCCCUACAGCUGCUCCUACUGCCAGAAGGCCUUCAGGCAGCUCAGCCAUCUGCAGCAGCACACACGAAUCCACACAGGUGACCGGCCGUAUAAGUGUGUCCAUCCUGGCUGUGAGAAGGCAUUUACCCAGCUCUCUAACCUACAGUCCCACCGCCGGCAGCACAACAAGGACAAGCCCUACAAGUGCCACAACUGUAACCGUGGUUACACGGACGCCGCCAGCCUGGAGGUGCACCUGUCCACGCACACUGUCAAACACGCCAAGCUGUACUCCUGCGGCCUCUGCAACCGCUCCUACACCUCCGAGACCUACCUGAUGAAGCACAUGAGGAAGCACAACCCCGACCCCCUGGCGGCCGGGGGAGGGGGGGUCGCCGGGGGCAACCAGCCCCACGCCCCGCCCUCCGGCGGCGGGGGGCGCGGCCGGGGGCGUGGCCGCGGCAGAGGGGGCGGGGGCAGGGGCGUGUCGCUACAGAACCAGAACCAGAGUCCCGGGGUGAGCUUCCCGCCCCAGCAGCCCGGGGGGGCGGUCCAGUGCCCCUUCGACCUCCACCAGUACAAGACGCUGUCGUCCGGCGAGCUCCAGUACAAGCCGGUGGGCGUGGCCGACCUGUCGGUGGGCCACAAGGACCUGUGCCUCACCGUGUCCACCUCCGCCAUCCAGGUGGAGCACAUGAAUUCCUAGGAGCCCCCCCGCCCCCCCCCCAACACUCCACAUCCCCCCCGUUCCCAGGGUAACGCCACGCCGACGAAGUGUCCCUCCUCCUCUUGGCGGGCCGGGUUCAGAGCCUCCGCAUGCCCGGUCCGCCCCGCCUCCAGUCUGAACCGGACCCGGCCGGACUCCAAAGGGACACCCUCCAAACGCCGGCCCCCACAAAAUGGCUACCCUAGUUGACAUUUCAAAGCGGACCUGUUCCAUCGGUAAUCAGUGUAACGAAGGGUCAGAUAUCUACCUGUUGUGGACCGGUGUUUCCCCGGGUCUCGAAGGUCAGAUAUCUCACUGAGGUGCGUUCAAAGUCGCUCGCGAACGAUUUGAAACGUGUUCUGUUAAGCUUGCCGAUUUCUUCAAACGUUCGCGAACAUAGGCACACUGUCAGAAGAGGUAGUUUUCCGCAAGCAGACAUGGAUCACGGACUGCAAGAGAUGUGCUCCCAGAAGAAGAUUAACAUUAAUUCCUUUCCUACACAUAAAGCAAAAGAUAAGUCGUUUCGUGUAGCCUAUCUACACUCUUACUUCAACUGAUGUCUUGUGCAUCCUCCAAUGUGAUCUGAACGUGAGUUCGCAGUGUGUGUGCACAAAUCCAGUGACGUAGCCCUCUAUUCUUGAAUCAUCCGAAUACCUUGUCUGGAGUAGCCUAUACCUUCUACGAGAUCGACAACUUCUAGACCUUCUUCUGUAAACUCGUCAAUUAUCAUGGAGGCUGCAGCUAAUACAAUGGCCUUUCUUGUCGCCAUUUGAUUGUUUACAGUUUGUUUAGUUUCAAACAAACGUUUAGAACGUUGUCUAAAAAUCGUUCAAAUUGUAUCGUUUAAAGUCAACGCGCUCGCUGCGAAUGUUCGGCUAUGUUCGCCGAUUCUGAACGCACCUCUGUUGUGGACUGGUGUUUCCCCGGGUCUCAAAGUCAUCCCAUAGUGGUCGAUUGGGUUCAAUCAGACCACACAAAAUGGCGGACAUCGUUCCAUUUGCGGUUGGCCAACAGUUUCCCCCCCCACCCCCAACCAGGACGGACAUAAAGGCUCACAUUCUGUAGGACCCAAAACUUGACCAAAUAUCCCCAUGGAGACGCAUGUAGCACCCCCUCACCCUCCAACCCCCCCAAAACACAGCGCAGGCUCUGACCGAGGUGUUGGCCCCUCCCCUCCAAACAGAUCCCGCCGGAUCGCGUCGGUCGGUCGGGGCCCGGGCAUUAGGACCAAGGGUUCUCCCUCCUCCCCCUCCUCCUCCUCCUCCUCCUCAUCCAGCAUCAGGAGGGUCCGGCUCCCGGUGGUGACGCUGGUGGCGGCGGGCGCCGUCGGGGGCGGGGCUCUUGGGGGGCCACACCCCGGUGGACUGGAGACCGCCGGGUCACAUGGGAGAUGAUGGAGGGGGUCCGCGUGACGGACCUCCGGCCAAACAUUCCAGCUUCAACAUCCCCCCCCCCCCCCACACACGCACACCAGGGAGGAGGUUUCUCCCUGGUGCUUUACUGUUCCUGGGAGGAGUGUGGAGACCCCAGAGUACUGCUAGGACUUCCUCCUCCUCCUCCUCCUCCUCGUGGCAAUGUGCCUCUUCAGAGAGAGGACCUUCUUUUUCUAGAGUUUUUAAAGCGAUGGCUCCCGGUGAUCUAAGAUGCUAACCCCGGGAACCCUCCGGGCUGGUCCGUCUGGAACCGGCCCGGGUUCUCCUGCUGCGGGCGGGGUCCUGAUGGUCCAUAGUGUUUAUCAGAAUCCGUGAUAUCGUAGUAUGGGAUCGCGAUGGAUCAUCAGGACUCGAUGGGAUUGUUUGAAGGAUGGUUGCUACCUUUUUAAGCAGUUGUCGUUCGUCUUGCCACUGUUUCUGAGCUCGACCAAAGACAAGCCGCCGAGGACGUCUCGACCGGUCUUUUUUCUGACCUUUCGAUCAAGGGGAGCCCUGAUUGGGUAGCUUUGGACGGGGGGGGGGGGGGGGAAACAGAACAGACCAAUCACAAAGACUUGAAGAGGACCAGUGGAACAAGGAGGAUCAUGGGAAAGCUUGACGGUGUCCUGUAACUUUAAACAGAAAAAAACUUUUCUCACUUUCCUAGAAAAAAGAAACAAAAAGGCGAGACAAAAACAAAGAAGAGGGCGUGUCCUCAAUCGUCUGGGCGACAUUGGACCAGCAUGAGUGCGUGGAUCUCCGCACUUACAAAGCAGCACCCAGCCUGCACAAAGUAUUGAAAGACAGUCAUCCAUCGAUCGAUUCAUUAAUGAAUGUAUUGAUUGAUUGAUUGAUUUGGGGGGGUGGGGGGUUGUAAAGCAAAGCACUUGAUGAAGCCCGGUCUUCAUCCCCUUAGUUCUCAUCAUGGUCGUUCGGUCCAUUUGUAUUGUUUAUAUUCCACUGUAUGUUAUAUUAUACCACAUGUAUGUAUUUUUAUACCGAGCAGAGAGGCGUGUGUGGACCUGAGUGGGGCAGAAGCCAAAGUGAGUGAAUGAAUGUGACGGGAGUGAAGAGUUUUAAUGAAUAUAAUUCAACUGAAGAGACUCGACUACAGUCGUCCAGGCAACCAUGUUGCCAGCGGAUGAGUGGAGAGUGGAACCCAAAUGGCUGAUAGGUACUGUUGACAAGGUUCUCUUGUUGUUUUGUUUGUUUACGCUGUUGUUGUUCUUGUUUUUUUUCUGUUGCUUCACCUUUUGAAACCAGACGUUAUUACUUUCCAUGUUAUUGAUGUGUGUGCAAGCAUCCAAACGCUGGCACGGAGGAGGCAUUAUCGCAUAACUGUAUCCUGUACAUUAGCUAGGAGAGGUCUGGGGUAGAGCUCUACAGAACCCCGCCCUCCAGCAGGUAUAGCGCUGACCUCUCCUCCUCUCCUCUCCCCUCCCUUACUCUGUCCUCUUUCCUUCUCCUCUCUCCUUUUCUACUCUUGUCUCCAUCUCUACUUUCUCCCUCGUGCUCCUCCUCUCCCUCACCUCCUGUACUCUCUCCCUCCUCUCUCUCUUUUCCUC